ACUCCCUCCCAGCACCACCACAAUCAACUCCUUCAACCUCUCAAGUUUCUCUCUUUCAUUUUAUCGUUAAUUCUUUAUAGAUCUUUCUCUCUCUCUCUCUCUCUCUCUCUCUCUCUUAUCUGAUCUUUCUCUUGCUCUUGAGCCUUUAGCAUAGGCAAGUGCCAAAAAAUGCAGGCAUUUAAUUAUAAUAUAAUUCCCAGCAGAAUGCUUGUAGUACUAGUUGUGGUGAUUCUAGUGUUUGGAUUAAUCUCCCCCAACGCAGUGUUGGCCAGUAGUGCAGUGACAUACAAUGUGGUGAGUUUAGGAGCCAAAGGCGACGGGAAGAGUGAUUCCACAGAAGCCUUCGUUUCUGCAUGGGCCAAAGCUUGUGGCUCUGCAAAUCCCGCCACCAUUUACGUGCCGAUUGGGAGCUUCUACCUUAGCAAGGUGGUGUUUAGUGGGGAAGAUUGCAAGAAUCAAGCCAUUACCAUCCGCAUUGCCGGAACCCUGGUGGCCCCCUCUGAUGGAAAUGCCGCUAACUGGCUCCUUUUUCAGCAUGUAAAUGGGGUUACAAUUUCCGGUGGAGUUCUCGACGGCCAAGGCACUGCCCUGUGGGCUUGCAAGUCCUCAGGCAAGGGUUGCCCCAGAGGAGCUACGACACUGGAGUUUUCCAAUUCAAACAACAUCAACAUCAACGGAUUAACGUCACUAAACAGCCAAAUGUUCCACAUCGUCGUCAACGGCUGCGAGAACGUGAAGAUGCAAGGUGUGAAGGUGUCGGCCUCCGGCAACAGCCCCAACACCGACGGCAUCCACGUCCAGUUAUCGUCCGGGGUGACCAUCCUCAACUCCAAGAUUGGAACGGGUGACGACUGUGUGUCAAUUGGUCCAGGCACCACUAAUUUGUGGAUCGAAAACGUUGGAUGUGGUCCAGGCCACGGAAUCAGCAUUGGGAGCCUUGGAAAGGACUCGCAGGAGGCUGGUGUGCAAAAUGUGACAGUGAAAACAGCAACGUUUAGCGGCACACAAAAUGGUGUGAGGAUAAAGUCGUGGGGGAGGCCAAGCACAGGGUUCGCUCGGAACGUCCUUUUCCAACACAUAGUAAUGGAGAAUGUGCAGAACCCCAUCGUAAUCGACCAAAACUACUGCCCCGACAACGAAGGCUGUCCCGGCCAGGCCUCGGGGAUCAAAGUCAGCGACGUCACCUACCAAGACAUCCACGGCACCUCCGCAACUGAAGUGGCCGUCAAAUUUAAUUGCAGUCCCAAAUACCCCUGCACCGGGAUUCAACUGGACGACGUCAAGCUCACUUUCAACAAUCGCCCUGCACAGGCUUCCUGUUUUCACGCCGCCGGAACCGCUUCUGGUUUAGUUCAGCCCACUAGUUGUUUCUAAGGCUAUACCCCUCCCACAUACUUAUAAUAUUAAUACUACAAUAACUAUAUAGUUACACGUACGUUGUAUUGCGUACUUUAUGAUAGUUGCUAUAGCUAGCUAGGCUAGCUAGGGUAGCAAUUUAAUCAACUAUAUACUCGCUAGCUAGCUGCUAGUGAUGGAAUUUUUAUUAAUUAGAGUUUGGUAUACUGCUUGAGCCUGUGGCGUUGCUUGGAGCCUGGCCUUGCAUUCUUGGGUGUUUGUAUCCAUCUGGGAAAUGGGAAAUUAAUGUUUUUACAUAUAAUAUACAAUAUUAUUGGGUUUGA